AUGACCAACAUUUCAAGGACUGGUAACAGCACCACCCAAGCUUGUGCAGCUUGCAAAUACCAACGCAGGAAGUGCGCCCCUGACUGCAUUUUGGCCCCUUAUUUCCCUCACAAUCGCCAAAGACAAUUCCUCAAUGCCCAUAAAUUGUUUGGUGUGAGCAAUAUUAGCAAGAUCAUCAAGAACCUUAACCCUCCUGAGAAGGAUGAAGCUAUGCGUACCAUCAUUUUUCAAUCAGAUGUACGAGCAAAUGAUCCUGUCGGAGGCUGUUAUCGAAUGAUACGAGAGCUUCAACGUCAAAUCGAAUAUACUAGGGCUGAACUUGAUAUUACUCUUCAUCAACUGGCUUUAUAUCGUGCACAAGCAGCAGCUCAACAACAAACUCAAUUGAUCCAAACCGCUGCGGCAGCAGCAGCAGGCCCUGAUCAUCAGACCGAUCAUGAUGAUUCAACACGGCUUGAUUGCGAAAAUAUCAUUAUUACAGAUACAUUUGACAUGUAUGAUACAGUUGUGAUGCAAUAUCAUGAUCAGUACCCACAAUCACAUCAAGAUCAACAAGAAUUUGUUAUUUAUAAUCAAGCACAUUUACAAGAAGAUCAUGCAAAUCCAAAUGCAUGGGCAGCGGUGCCAGUGCAGGAUAUUAAUCCUUGCUUGUCAAUAUCAUCAGCAACUUAUUUAGAUGAUUUUAAUCAAGCUAAUUAUAAUGAUCCACGUGCCCAAUACUCUUAUCAUGGUAAUGAUCAAUGUAUUAUGCAUGGUAAUAUGAAGCCCCUUCUUGAUGUACGGAACGUCAACUUUGAGCCUGAUCGGGAUUCAUUAGUUGAUACAAGAUUUGUACCGUCGACGCAGUUGCUUAUAUCAUCGUAG